UGAGUACAUUUAUAGGAGUUACUGUGAUUAUCUUUUAAUUGUUGUUAAUUAGAAGGAUUAGUUUGCCAUCUACUAUAUAAGGGAAGUGUUGUUGUUAAUCAAUUAUUAUCCAAGUUAAUUUCCCUUUGAAAACCAACAACAAAUCGUCUGAAAAUGUUGUUUACUGUUGUCUUUUUACUCGCUGCUCUUUCACUUAAGGUCGAUGGUCAAUCAGCUAACAAAGUCUCUCUUGGAGUUUACUAUGAAACCUUGUGUCCAGAUUCAAUAGCCUUUAUUAAUUACCAAUUGUAUCCAACUGUCCAGUCUCUUGGUAUUGAAAACAUUGACCUCAACUUGGUACCUUUUGGAAAAGCAUCUUGGACUGAAAGUGGAUCAUCACUUGUAUUUACCUGUCAACAUGGUGAACGUGAGUGUAAAGGUAACACCAUUCAAAACUGUGCCAAAAGUCAACUCGAUGUCGCAACUUUAGUCAAGUUUGUCUACUGUAUGGAAAGCGCUCGAUCCCCUGACAAAGCUGGACCAUCAUGUGCCCAACAAGGUGGUUUUAACUACACUGCAAUCGAUACCUGUUCCAAAGGCAAUGAAGGCGCUCAAUUGCUCAAGGCCGCUGGAGUUGCUACCAAAGCUUUAAAACCAUCAGUUUCUUUCAUUCCAACUUUUAGUGUUAACAAUCAACGUACUCAAACAAUUCAAGAUCGAGCUCUUAAUGAUCUUAAAGGUCUUCUUUGUGAUUCUUUCCCUGCAACUAAACCAAGCGGAUGCAACAAUUAAAACAAGGACCACCACUUAACUGAUGACGAUUCAACUGAUCACUACCAUAAAUUCAAUGAUUAUUAUACUCAAUGAGCUGAAUUUUAUUAAUUUAAAGGGCGUUUGGUUAAUUUCACAUUAAAAGGAGUUUACAAAAUGGGAUCUUUUCAAGGAUUAAAUGAAAAUUAAGAUGGAAAUUGGAUAAACGUUGAUGAGAUGAUGAAGAAAUGAUAAAUCCUUUUGGUUGUAUCUCUGUUUACAAUUACACCUUAAUCUUCACUUAAUCUUAGGUAAAAUUAGUCUAAUUGUAAUCUCCCUUUUUAAAUAUAUGAAAAUAACCCUUUAUUUGUUUUCUAAUCUUAACUUUGAGCUUAACCUAAUUGUUAUUUAAUUGCGCUAAUCGACUAGGGUUUAGGUUUAAUCAGAUACUUAAAGGGGAUUAAAUUUUUAUUAUUGCAAUUUAAAACUUUUUGCUGUCAUAAUGAUUCACAAAUCGAUGGGUUAGUUAAAUUGGUCAAUGAAAGACAAUACGAAAUUGAAUUAAUGUACAUUCACAGUUAAUUGCAGCAAUAAAGAGUAAAAUUAAAGAUUCAA